AUGAAUCCUCCUAUCUUUAGUGGCUCUAAAGUGGGAGAGGACCCCCAAAAGUUUUUUGAUGGUGUGUACAAGGUGUUGAGUACUAUGGGGGUGACUUUUAGGGAGAAGGAGGAGUCGGGUUCAUACCAAUUCAGGGAAGUUUCUAAAGUGUGGUACACUCAAUGGAAAGAUAAUAGGUCGGUUGAGUCAGGUCCUAUAGAGUGGGAAGAGUUUAAGGAGGAUUUCUUAGGAAAGUACUUCCCCCAUGAGAGGAAGGAGGUGAAGGUGAAGGUUCAAGAAUUCAUUAACCUUAGGCAAGGGAACAUGAGUGUGGAAGAGUAUUCAUUGAAAUUCACUUUGUUGUCUAGGUAUGCUCCAUCCUUGGUGUCUAUCCUUAGGGAUAAGAUGAGAAGGUUUGUGACUGGUGUUGCCGAAAUUGAGAAUGAAGAGUGUCGUAUGACCAUGAUCCACAAUGGCAUGAAUAUGUCUAGACUUAUGGUGUAUGCACAAUCCAUUGAGGAGUCCAAGCUUAGUAUGAUUUCAAGGAACUUGAAGAGGGGUACAUCCGAUGAGCAAAACCAAGCUAGGCUCAAGAAGAUGGAUCUAAACCAAUAUGGACCUAGUUCUCGUAAGGUCAAGGUUGAGAGUGGUCACAGUUCUCAAGGUGUUAAGUCUACUUGUGCUAGGUGUGGGGAACAAGCACUUUGA